AAAAAAUCAACAAAAGUACAAUGUUCAACGAUUCUAGCCUUACAGCGAUUUCAUUCACAAGCACCGGGAACCUGUAUUGUCUUAAUGGUCAUGGUGCUCAAAGUCUUGCACAUGGUAGGGAACCAGGUGUAUCGAACGGAAGUGGUCGAGGACGACGUGCUGCAAACCAGGAAAACACGGGAUUAAGUCGGGAAGAAAGACGACGCAGACGACGAGCAACGCAAAAAUAUAGGUCUGCGCACGCAACUCGAGAGAGGGUGCGCGUUGAAGCUUUUAAUGUGGCAUUCACGGAACUUAGAAAACUUUUACCUACGUUACCGCCCGAUAAAAAGUUAUCAAAGAUAGAAAUUCUAAGACUUGCUAUUUGUUAUAUUUCGUAUUUGAAUCAUGUUCUGGAGCUUAAUUGAUGUUUUAUAUCAAACCAGAAAAAAAUAACGUUAUUUUCGUACAAAUGUUGUUACCGUCUUAUGGAAAAAUGUUGUUUAAACUGUUCUUUUACAUUAUCAAUAUGUGAAAACAAUUAAAGUAAGAAUAAAAGACAAU